UUUUGAGUGAAUGCUGCAGGUUGCGUUCCUCAUUUUCACUUCGUUCUCUAUCAGUGUAGAUGCAUUUAGCGUCGAUUUCUCAGAUGAAGAUGGGCCGUUUGUCCCCAUUGCCACAGAGCAAUUCAAAUCAUUUCUUGGUCGACAUCAAACAGAAUGUGAAAAAUAUAGACAUCAGUGCAAACGAUUCAUAAAGUGCUUCUGCAAUUGCAAAGAUCAGCUAAUAUUCGCAAGUGCUCUAAAUGAUGCGGCUGAAUUUCUGACUGAGGAGCAGCGUAGGGAAUCUACGUCCGUAAAGACAAAUGCUUGUGUGGGAAUGUAUGCAUAUUGCCUUUCUGUCGACUUCUUCACACUGAGGAGAAUCCUCAGGCUAGAAACACCAGACGCAUUCUAAUAAUUGAUGUGCAGCAUAGCUUAUUAUUUCACAUUCA